AUGCCGGGAAGCCCCCCCGCUGCCAGAGAGCGAGACCGUGGGGGAACCAGGGAUGACAGCCCCCCAGCCCAGCCAGGGGCCAACCCCCCCCCUGAGCGCAGGCAGAGCCAGUGGCCCCCAAGCCCCGUGAACCCGAGGCCGCCCAAGACCCCGGAUGGGGGUCCAGCCCCCCCAGGCAACCACCCCCAAGUGAGAGGGCCAAAACCUACUGCGACAACACCGGCCCUUGUGCCCCCUGGACAACCGCACGCCCCCACAGUGAGAGAGCCGGCAGGGGAAAACAACGGGAGCCCCACCCCGUCAAAGAGGGCCCCGGCGAGGCACGCGACCCGCCCCAGACAUGAGAGAAAAGCCAGAGGCCCCAGACCCCCGGGUCCAGAGCGCACCCCCCCACCAGGGGACCCAUGCCCCCCCCUGACCCACCCCAGGCCAGGCAAGGCGGCAACCAACCCCACGGCGCCCCGACGCCCCGGGGCUCCAGGGGCAGAACACGGGGCCAAUGAGACCCCCCCCCCCACACUGAUUUGUGAAGUGUUGUAUGGUGGAGUGGAGUCGUCAGUCGGAGGACCGGUCGACGCCUGCUCCUCCUCAUCGCCAGUCGGAAGACCGAUCGACGCGUUCCCCAACGGUGGUUCGGCCGGUGUCUGCUCCUCCUGUCCUCGCCUCCAGUCAACCACCCCGUCAGCUAGCUACCGGGUUCCUAGUGUGCAGCCUGUUAACCCCGUGCCAUCCCCUGUUCCUGCGUCGGAGCUUUCGGCCUGCUCCUCCUUGCCUUCAGUUGGUGGGCCGAUCGACACGUUCCCCGUCAGUGGUCCGACCAUCACCUGCUCCACGUCUCCAGUCGGUGGAUCGACACGUUCCCGGUCGGUGGUCCGACCGACGCCUGCUCCACGUUCCCAGCCGGUGGGCCGAUCGACACGUCCCUCGUCGGUGGUCCGACCUUCGCCUGCUCAACGUCUCCAGCCGGUGGGCCGAUCAACACGUCCCUCGUCGGUUGUCUGA